GGCGGAGCCGCGGCCGGAGCGGGCGGCGCUGGGCACGGGCUGCGGCCGGGAAUCACCUCGCCGACUCCCGCCUUCCCACCGGUUCUGCAAUGAUGGAGUUGAGUGAUGCAAACCUGCAAACAUUAACUGAAUAUUUGAAGAAGACACUUGAUCCUGAUCCUGCCAUCAGGCGUCCAGCCGAGAAGUUUCUUGAAUCAGUUGAAGGAAGCCAGAAUUACCCACUGUUGCUUUUAACACUUCUGGAGAAGUCGCAAGAUAAUGUCAUCAAAGUGUGUGCCUCCGUAACAUUCAAGAACUACAUUAAGAGGAACUGGAGAAUUAUUGAAGAUGAACCAAAUAAAAUCUUCGAAGCAGACAGAAUAGCCAUAAAGGCCAACAUAGUACACUUGAUGCUUAGCAGUCCAGAACAAAUCCAAAAACAGCUGAGCGAUGCAAUUAGCAUUAUUGGUAGAGAAGAUUUCCCUCAGAAAUGGCCUGACCUACUGACAGAAAUGGUGAAUCGGUUUCAGAGUGGGGACUUCCAUGUUAUUAAUGGAGUCCUACGCACAGCUCAUUCAUUAUUUAAAAGAUAUCGCCAUGAGUUUAAGUCAAAUGAACUGUGGACUGAAAUAAAACUUGUUCUGGAUGCCUUUGCGUUACCCUUGACAAAUCUUUUCAAGGCCACUAUUGAACUCUGCAGUACCCAUUCAACUGAUGCUUCUGCUCUGAAAGUUCUUUUUUCCUCCUUAGUUCUGAUUGCCAAACUGUUCUACAGUUUAAACUUUCAGGAUCUUCCUGAAUUUUUUGAAGAUAAUAUGGAGACAUGGAUGACCAACUUCCAUAAUCUUUUAACUUUAGAUAAUAAGCUUUUGCAAACUGAUGAUGAAGAGGAAGCUGGUUUAUUGGAACUGUUGAAAUCCCAGAUUUGUGAUAAUGCUGCUCUGUAUGCUCAAAAAUACGAUGAAGAAUUCCGGCCAUAUCUGCCUCGUUUUGUCACAGCAAUCUGGAAUUUGUUAGUUACGACAGGCCAAGAGGUUAAAUAUGAUUUGUUGGUAAGUAAUGCAAUUCAAUUUCUGGCUUCAGUUUGUGAAAGACCUCAUUAUAAGAAUCUGUUCGAGGACCAGAACACACUGACAAGUAUCUGCGAGAAGGUUAUUGUUCCUAACAUGGAAUUUAGAGCUGCUGACGAAGAAGCCUUUGAAGAUAAUUCUGAAGAGUAUAUCCGAAGAGAUUUAGAAGGGUCUGAUAUUGAUACCAGGCGCAGAGCUGCUUGUGACCUAGUACGAGGUUUAUGCAAGUUUUUUGAAGGACCUGUGACUGGCAUCUUCUCCGGCUAUGUUAAUUCCAUGCUGCAGGAAUAUGCGAAGAAUCCAUCGGUCAACUGGAAGCACAAGGAUGCUGCCAUUUACCUCGUCACCUCUUUGGCAUCAAAAGCCCAGACUCAGAGGCAUGGAAUUACACAAGCAAACGAACUUGUAAAUCUAACCGAAUUCUUCGUAAAUCACAUUCAGCCAGAUUUAAAGUCCACUAACGUAAAUGAAUUUCCUGUCCUUAAAGCUGAUGGUAUCAAGUAUAUCAUGAUUUUCAGGAAUCAAGUCCCAAAAGAGCAACUUUUGGUGUCCAUUCCUCUUUUGAUCAGUCAUCUUCAAGCUGAAAGUAUUGUAGUUCACACAUAUGCAGCUCAUGCUCUUGAAAGGUUAUUCACUAUGAGGGGAUCAAGCAACACUACCCUCAUUACAGCUGCAGAAAUGGUACCUUUUGUAGAGAUUCUGCUAACAAACCUUUUCAAAGCGCUCACACUUCCCGGUUCUUCGGAAAAUGAGUACAUUAUGAAAGCUAUCAUGAGAAGCUUUUCUCUACUACAAGAAGCCAUAAUCCCUUACAUCCCUACUCUCAUCACACAGCUUACACAGAAACUCCUAGCUGUUAGCAAGAACCCAAGCAAACCUCACUUCAAUCAUUACAUGUUUGAAGCAAUAUGCUUAUCAAUAAGGAUAACUUGUAAAACUAACCCUGCUGCUGUUGGAAGCUUCGAAGAAGCUUUGUUUAUGGUGUUUACAGAAAUCCUUCAGAAUGACGUGCAAGAGUUCAUCCCGUACGUGUUUCAAGUGAUGUCGCUACUUCUGGAAACGCAUAAAAAUGACAUCCCCUCUUCCUACAUGGCCUUAUUUCCUCACCUCCUGCAACCUGUGCUGUGGGAAAGGACGGGAAACAUUCCUCCACUGGUGCGGCUGCUCCAGGCGUAUUUGGAACGAGGUUCAAAUACAAUUGCGAGCGUUGCUGCCGAUAAAAUUCCUGGAUUACUAGGUGUUUUCCAGAAACUAAUUGCCUCCAAAGCAAAUGACCAUCAAGGGUUCUAUCUUCUCAACAGUAUUGUAGAACACAUGCCUCCAGAGUCAGUUGAUCAGUACAAGAAGCAAAUCUUCAUUCUUCUCUUCCAAAGACUUCAAAAUUCCAAAACAACAAAGUUUAUCAAGAGUUUCUUAGUCUUCAUAAACUUGUACUGCGUAAAAUAUGGGGCGCUAGCACUUCAAGAAAUAUUUGACAGUAUACAACCAAAAAUGUUUGGAAUGGUUUUAGAAAAAAUUAUUAUUCCUGAAAUACAAAAAGUUUCUGGACAAGUAGAGAAGAAGAUUUGUGCUGUUGGAAUUACGAAGUUAUUAACAGAAUGCCCUCCAAUGAUGGAUACAGAGUACACAAAACUAUGGACACCCUUACUGCAAGCCCUGAUAGGCCUUUUUGAGUUACCUGAAGAUGACACCAUCCCUGAUGAAGAGCAUUUUAUUGACAUAGAAGAUACUCCCGGAUACCAGACCGCUUUUUCCCAGCUUGCAUUUGCAGGGAAAAAAGAGCACGAUCCCAUAGGUCAAAUGGUGAAUAACCCCAAGAUCCAUCUGGCGCAGUCCCUUCACAAGCUUUCUUCUGCACGUCCAGGAAGGGUUUCAUCCAUGCUGAGCACUAGUCUGAAUGCAGAAGCAUUACAAUAUCUCCAGGGAUACCUCCAGGCAGCAAGCGUAACAUUGCUCUGAACUGCAUUGAUUUGAUAAGCAAGAUCAAGAGCCCUUUGCUCUGAAAGGAGGUGACUUCUAAGCAGAGCUGAGAUUAAAUGAAGCAAGUUUCUACUUUGGAAUGUCUCACCAAAUCCAUCUUGUAAAAGAUUUUAAUUGUUGCUUUAAGCGGAACCUAAGCCAGUUAGGCGGCUUCCGCGGCCAUAGUUAAGAGAUGGCUGACACCCUGCCCAAGUUGCAACUUCAGAGGGAAUAGUAGUAGCGGUUCAUUGUUUGGGAUUGAUUUUCAGUUUGUCAUUUGCAGUGUUUGGAUAAUGUUUAAUGAUUUUUGGAAAGCACUGGCUGUAGAGACUCAUUUUCCACCACUAAAUUCCUUUUCAUUUCGAUGCAGUUGUCAUUUGAAUUUCUUUGGUCACUUGUAUUACUUUUUGUGUCUUUCCUUAAAGUUUCUUGUACUGAAAGUUGUGAAUAAGAAUCACUUCUGUAAAUUGCCACACAGUUUAAGGGUUUUAAAUCUGUCAUCACCAAUAAAGAAAACUAAAACUCUAUAUUACAAAACAUCCUAGAAGUAGGUUUACAAUGGACUCUGUAUGGUUUUUCUAAUUAGGUCCUUCAAAUUGCCCCACCAACUCUUAAACCUAUUUUAGGGAAUUUAAAACAAGUUACUUCAAAAAGAGGUCGGCAUUAUCAGUCAGUGGUAUUUCAGUGCUUACUGUGUGCAGAGCACUGUACUAAGCGCUUGGGAUUGUACAGUACAACAGAGUUAGUAGACAGGUUCCUUGCCUACAACGAGCUUGCUGUCUAGAUGGGCAUUAGUUACAUUGUGCCACAGGGAAGCUAUUAAAAAGGGUUCUUAAUUAUUAUUUUUAAUAGUCAUCUUCAUAGUAUUUAUUAAGUUCUUUGUUCUAAGCACUAGGUUAAAUAAAAGGUGAUGAGACGACGUCUAUUAUUCUGAGUGACAGUAUAACGUAGGUACUGAACUUCAAAAUGGCUGGCCAAAUGCUUAAGUUUCUCUGUGCCUCAGUUUCUCUGUCUGCAUAUGGGGUUAAUGGCUAGCCACAUCACAAAGAUGGGAAUGUUAAUCUAUGGAAAGCGCCUGGAGUUAGUUGGAGUCACACUGUAAAUAUUAGGUAGUGGUGUUUUUCUUUAAGAUUAAUUUAUAAAAACUGAAGGGAUGGAUUCCCCACCACCACCACCUCACAACACCAGUGGGCUAAGUGCUCCAAGGUUUUGAAAACCCAGAUAUAUCGAUGUGUGCAGAGAAAUGCCAAGAAGUGUGACGACUUCAGAAGGGAUAACUCCUAAAAUCAAUUUCCUCGAGUUUGAUUAGAUGCAUGAACAGAAAAACAGUUCGGCUUGCACAAUCCCAUAGGGAUGUGAUCCUUAAGACAAGGGUUCAAGCAUAUGUAGGCCCAAUUUUAGAACUGUCUCCUCCAUCAAUGGAAGCUAAAUCUUGAUAAUUAAAGGAAUUUGUCCAAUGACUAACUUUUGGAAAUAGCACGUAGCUACUUCUAAACAAAAAGAACGAAACAUUUACCAGUUCCCCGAGGUAAAUUUAACCACCCUUUAAAUUUUAUAUCCAUCCGUUUAAAGGAGUUUGAUUUGAAACGAACCAAGGAUCUAUAUGCCAAAUGCUUGUUUUUUUUUAAAAUAUACAUUUCUCGGACACACCUGACUUGUAAAUGCUUAUUGCAGCUCUUUUGCUGUUUGUAGCUUUUGUUGAACAUCUUAAAGCAGCCUAAGUGUUUGAACCUGGUCUCAUAAGAAUGCUAUUCGUUCUGUCACCUCACGACUAUGAUGGAAACAUUAAACAAAUGGACAUGUGAACAGUU